AUGUUUCAACAUCAUAUGACAAAUGGUUCAUCAUCCGAUCGAAAACCACAAACAGCUGUUAAACAUACAAUUGAUCGAAUAAAAACUAAACAAUGGCAUAAUGAUAAUAGUAUUAAUCAUCGAAAUCAUCCAUAUUCAUCACAAUUAAUCAAUCUUAAUCAUCAAUUUGUAAAUGAAGAUAAUAAUAAUUGGUUAAAAUCUUCAACAAAAAUUUUCGAUGAUACACCUGAAUUAGAAUUAACAUGUGAAGAAGAAAUGCUUAGUGAAAGUCAAUUACAAAAUUAUCCAACACAAGCAUAUGAUCCAACUGCUCCACUACCAUUACCAGCUGUUCGUAAACGUACAUCAGUAUUAAAAAAAUUAACUACAUCAGAUAUUGAAAUUCUUCAAGAUCAAGAUGAAGAUUUUAUUCCCAGUGAAUCCGAUGAUGAUGAUGAUGAUGAUGAAAAUUAUCUACCAGAACACGAUCGACGUCCAUAUAAUCGUAAUAGUCAUGUUAAUGGUAGUGUUGGUCGAGGUCGUGGUCGUGGUGGACGUGGUCAUUUAACUUCAGCAAAUAAUCGAUUACCACCAUCAACUCAUUUUGUUCGACCACAACCUGAAACAAGUUCUCAGAUACGGUCAAAAGUUUAUUCAUCAUCUUCUAAUGAUAGGCAUCAUCAUCAUGAUACAGAUUCAUUGGAACUAGAACUUGAACGUACUUAUGCUACUGUGUUACCACGUUUUUAUGGUACUCGCAAUGGUCAAACAAUAAAUUCAAAUGAGUAUGGAGAUUUUCAUAUUAAAUGUUCUAUAUGUGGUGAACAGUCAUCAAAUAAUAUGUCAUUUAUAGCACAUUUAUGUUCACAUUUUGAAGAUGAUCUUAAUUAUAUUAGUCCAUUUGAUAAAAUCUAUCGACGUUGUUCAAUAUGUCAUGAUGAAUUUUUAACACCAUUUCAAACAUUAUUACAUAAAGAUCAAGAACAUAUGUUUGAAAUAAAUGAAUUUCGUUGUCGAAUUUGUCAACAAAAUCAUCAUAAUUUAUUAGAUUUAUGUACACAUUUAAAUUAUAUGCAUGUUGGUCUUGAUAUGCCAUAUGUAUGUGAUCGAUGUAAUUACCGAACAUCCAUGUAUGAAGAUAUGGCUCAUCAUAUUCGACAAGUACAUAAAGGAACACAAUAUUUUUUUUGUCCUUAUUGUUUUCAAUCAGUAUUAUUACCAGCAGUAUCUAAUACAAAUAUUCUUAAUUCAACACCUGCUUUUCGUCAUGUUAUACUUCAUUUUGAUAGAAUUGAAAAUAGUAAUAGUAAACAACAACGUCGAAUUGAGUCAUUAUUUAAAUAUUGUAACCGAUGUGUACUUCAUGUUAGAUCACUUAAAGAACAUUAUAAUUAUCAUCAUUCAUCAAAUCUAAAUAUAGAUGAAAAAAAAUCAUAUUUAAAUUAUGAAGAAAAUCUAAAAAGAAAUACUUAUCAUCAAACAAAUGAUUCGUACAACCAUCGAUUUUAUCCGCUAAAAUUUGAUCGAACUAAACAAUUACCGAUGGCAACUAUUCGACGUCGGCCAACAACAUCUAAUAAUUAUGAACAAGUUCGAAUUUGA